CGAGCGGCGGGCGCGGUCACGUGGGGGGCGGGGCGCGGGGCGGCUCCCAGUCACUCUCCGGGCGGCCGCGGGCAGGGUCGGAGCCGAGAUGGAGCCUCCCCGGCGGCCGGUGGUGGUGACGGGGUUUGGCCCAUUUGGAGAACAUGCUGUUAACGCCAGCUGGAUUGCAGUUCAGCACCUUGGAGCCCUAGUCAUGGACCAGGAUCCUGUGGUGCUAGGCGCUGUACACACACAGGACCCACAGGAGUUUACAAUCCAACUCUAAGACAAGAGACGACAGAUGGAUACAGACACGCUGGGAGUACAAAUAAAGAAUGAGUGAGCUGGAGAAGCUGGGCUUGGGAGAUGGUGUGGAUCUGUAUGUAUAUGAAAUCCCAGUUGAAUACCAAACAGUACAAAGACUAAUUCCCGCAUUGUGGAAAAAACACAGUCCACAAUUGGUGGUUCAUGUGGGUGUAUCAGGUAUGGCUACAACCGUAACAUUGGAAAAAUGUGGGCAUAACGUAGGAUACAAAGGCUUAGACAACUGCCGUUUCUGUCCAGGCUCUCAGUGUUGUGUAGAAGGUGGCCCAGAAUGCAUCGAUUCGAUUAUUGACAUGGAUGCAGUUUGCAGGAGAGUCUCAACACUGGGACUUGAUGUCACGGUUACUAUAUCCAAGGAUGCUGGCAGAUAUCUCUGUGAUUUCACUUACUAUACUUCCUUAUACCAGAGCCAUGGCAAGUCUGCAUUUGUUCAUGUGCCUCCACUGGGAAAACCAUAUACUGCAGAACAGCUGGGCCGGGCACUACAGGCUAUCAUAGAAGAAAUGCUUGAUGUUUUGAAGCAUUCUGAAGGCAAAAUCAAUUGUCGCCAUGAACACUGAAGCUGGGCAAAACUCCUACCACUGUUGCACUUCCAAAAAUCUUCCCCACUACUAAGUACUGGGGAAGCAGCCUGUCUGAAAUGUACAGAAAAAGAAUCAGAGACUACAGAAUGAAAGUUAAUUCCACUUCCAGCAAUUCUGUGACCACCUUUUCUUCCUGUGUGAAUUUCACCUUAAACAAGAAAGUAUUUCAAGUCUUUCUUUUAAACCACCUGCAACUACUUAUUUCCUGAAGUGGCUGAAAAAUGUGUGCUGUGUUUCCUACAGAGGAUCUCUGUAAAUCAAGUGACAGCUAUUGAGCAGUCUAAUACAGUGCAGAUGGAAAGGUUUACACCUGGAAUCAGAGUUCGUGUGCAGGGAAUUGAUAAUACCAACUUCUGAUUAAAGUCCUUAGUUUAAAAGAUUUGCUGAUUUUUAAAAAAAUUAAUAGGUUUUAAUGUAAAAUUAUAGCUAUAAGCAGUUGGCAUAGAAGAUUGUGGGCUUAUUUGGGUUUUAAACAGUUCUUGUUUGGGAUGGGGAGUCAUUUAUAAUUGUUUUAGAGGGGCACUGAAUAUUUUUUGCCAGUCCUAAAAUACCUGUGCAUUAGUGUGGACUCCUGUUAAGACUUUAAUAGUGCUGCAAACAGAAGGGGAUACAUGGUUUUUAUUUCUCAUGUUGGGGAGUACUUGAGACACCCAACCUGCACCAAAUAUUUCUGAAAAAUGAUUUUUAUUGUGCUCUUAAUACCACCUUCCUUGCUCAGAUUAACCAUAUACCUCCUUUACGAAACACAUUGUUUCAUACGUGUAUAAAAUAAAACUUAUAGCGGUUGGAAAAGCUUUGCUAGUGACCACUGUUUCCACAGGGGUCUCUUUUCCCAGAACCUCAAUGCUAGAGCUUACCCUGCCCCCGUACCUUAAAAACAACUCGGUACUCUUUUUCCUUCUUUUUUUAUUGUAAAUGUUUGUUCUGUUUCGGGAUUGGAGGAAGAAUAACAUUUAAGGACUUGUCCGCACAGUGCGGCAAAGCACUCUAGCGGCUUGUGCUCCAGCUGUCCCUUGAAGACCCUGCUGGUACGCUCUAACAGGUUCCUAGUGCGCGUUGACGGAAUCCUGCUUCAACACUGAAUUCAUACACAGCACGUUAAAGUGCUUUACAAAUCACACCUCUCUAGAGUGCUUUAGCAUGCCAUGUAGACAAGCCCUGAAUUAAAUAUUAAGUUAGAGUCUUGGCUUAUAAUAGACAUAAAUAUGCCAAAAUGUGAGUGAAAGGCAACCCCGCCCCACAGCUAGCAGGCAUUCAGCCUCACCCACUACCACCCCUGCUGCAGACCCAGAGUUGCAAUGAUCUUGUUUACUCUGUGCUGAGCUCUGUGUUGGUGCUUCUCCUGGGGCACCGGGAAGGAAUGACCAGAAGGUACCACGGCUUCCAUUAUUAUCUGUAUUGUCUCCGAGGCCCCCAUUGGGCUCCACUGGGCUAGGUGCUGUACACAUCCACACACUGGUUCCUGCUGCAAAGAGACUCCUGCAGCUCUGAUUUUCAGUCCCGUGCCUCAGUUCCCAGUCAAAGUAUCAGAACUCCUCUAGUGGCCUACAGCCAGUAGAAAAGCAGUCUGAUUCUCCACUGCCUUGCCUUUCUGGCCAUUAUCCACACCAGUGCAAACCAAUUCUGAUCCAUCUACACUAGGAAAAUCAGGACCCAGGGUUCUCUGCUGGGGUCACUCACCCCAGUGAUAGCAAACAUGCACUUUUCUGACUGGCCCGUUCUAGUCUCAAAACCAGUUGUAGAGGCCAUGAUGCAUCAGGGGCAAGUACAUGCCCCCAUUCUAGCUGCAGCCUCUUGGGCAGCAAAACUUUCCGCACGGGCGGUGUUGUGGGCCUGGUCCCAUUCUAUACGUUUUUAAGAAAGCCCUUCUCGGCAUGUAUAAACUGAACCUUGUAUUUUAAAAUUUCACUCCAAAGGGGCAUUUCUGGAUGGCCUCCAGGUGCCCUCUGUGUGGUGAGAUGAUCUCAUUCGUUAACACUGAGGCUAGGUCUGACGUGCUGCUUGCUCAGCAGACUUUCCAAAUGCAGCACUUGGAAAGACGGGUCUCGUGUUCUAGCCAAGAUUCAAAAAGGUCUUUGAACUAGUAGUGUGUGACCUUGACUCUAAAUUGUGAUGUAAGGGAAAGGUGCGUCAUGCCACAACAAAAGGUUAAAUUGGCACUAGCUAGCAUGUCUUGUUAGGGAGCCAUUUAAAUAAGAACUUAUGUGACUAGUUCUAAUACUUUUACUAAAAUAGAUAUUAAACUACGUUUUGAAACCUG